AUGCGUCCCGAAGUCGAGCAAGAGCUUGCCCACACGCUCCUUGUCGAGCUCCUUGCUUACCAGUUCGCCUCUCCCGUCAGGUGGAUUGAGACCCAAGAUGUUUUCCUCGCCGAGAAGACCGCCGAGAGGGUGGUCGAAAUCGGUCCCGCUGACACCCUCGGUGUGAUGGCCAAGCGCACCCUCGCCUCAAAGUACGAAGCUUACGAUGCCGCCAAGUCCGUCCAGCGUCAGAUCCUGUGCUACAACAAGGACGCAAAGGAGAUUUACUACGAGGCCGACCCCAUUGAGGAGGAACCCGAGCCGGCUGCGGCCUCUUCUAGCGCUGCCGCCGCUGCUCCCGCCGCCUCGGCUCCCGCUGCUGCUGCUGCCCCUGCCGCCGCCGCUCCUGCGCCUAGCGCUGGCCCGGCCGCUGCAGUUGCUGAUGCGCCUGUCCAGGCCAUCGACAUUCUGCGAUCUUUGAUCGCUCAGAAGCUCAAGAAGCCCCUCGCUGAGGUGCCUUUGAGCAAGGCCAUCAAGGACCUUGUUGGUGGCAAGUCCACCCUCCAGAACGAAAUUCUCGGUGACCUUGGCAAGGAAUUCGGCUCGACCCCCGAGAAGCCUGAAGAUACCCCUCUUGACGAGCUUGGUGCCUCGAUGCAGGCCACGUUCGACGGCCAGCUCGGCAAGCAGUCCCAGGCUCUUAUUGCCCGCCUGAUCUCCUCUAAGAUGCCUGGUGGCUUCAACAUCACCGCUGCGAGAAAAUACCUCGAGACGAGAUGGGGAUUGGGCUCUGGCAGACAGGAUGGCACCCUGCUGCUGGCUAUCACGAUGGAGCCCGCUGCUCGUCUCGGUUCCGAGGCUGACGCCAAGGCUUUCCUCGACGAUGUCACCAACAAGUACGCCACCAGCGCCGGCAUCAGCCUGACCACUACUACCGCUGCUGGCCCCGCCGGCGGCUCUGGUGGUGGCAUGAUGAUGGACCCCCGCUGCCAUCGACGCCCUCACCAAGGACCAGCAUACCUCAAGCUGGAUCUCCGUGCAGGUGACAAGGCCUACAUCAACUCCCAGGAGUCUGAGAAGCUCCUCCAGGCCCAGCUGGACCUUUGGACUGCUGAGCACGGCGAGUUCUACGCCGCUGGUAUUGCCCCCGUCUUCAGCUCCCUCAAGGCUCGUUCCUACGACUCUUCCUGGAACUGGGCGCGCCAGGAUGCUCUCAACAUGUACUUCGACAUCAUCUUCGGCCGCCUCAAGGCUGUUGACCGUGAGAUUGUCAGCCAGUGCCUGCGCAUCAUGAACCGCGCCAACCCCACUCUUAUUGAGUUCAUGCAGUACCACAUUGACAACUGCCCCGCCGAGCGUGGUGAGACCUACAAGCUCGCCAAGGAGCUCGGUGAGCAGCUCAUUGAGAACUGCAAGGAGGUCCUCCACGCCAACCCCGUCUACAAGGACGUUGCCGUCCCCACUGGACCCCAGACCACUGUUGACGCCCGCGGCAACCUCAACUACCAGGAGGUCCCGCGCGCCAGCUGCCGCAAGCUGGAGCACUACGUCCAGCAGAUGGCUGAGGGUGGCAAGAUCUCCGAGUACGGCAACCGCACCAAGGUCCAGAACGAUCUCCGCCGCAUCUACAAGCUCAUCAAGGAGCAGCACAAGGUUUCCAAGUCAUCUCAGCUCGAGAUCAAGAACCUCUACGGCGAUGUCCUGCGGUCUUUGGCGAUGAACGAGAACCAGAUCAUUCCCGAUGAGAGCAGCCCCUCCAAGAAGGACAAGCCUGCUACCGGCCCCAAGGGCAAGGUUGAGACCAUUCCUUUCUUGCACCUCAAGCGCAAGAGCCUUCACGGCUGGGACUACAGCAAGAAGCUCACCGGCCACUACCUCCAGUCCCUUGAGGAGGCUGCCAAGGACGGUGUCAGCUUCGCUGGCAAGCACGCUCUCAUGACCGGUGCCGGAGCCGGCUCCAUCGGUGCUGAGGUCCUCCAGGGUCUCAUCAGCGGUGGUGCCAAGGUUGUCGUCACUACCUCCCGCUUCUCCCGUGAGGUCACCGAGUACUACCAGUCCAUGUACACUCGCUUCGGUGCCCGUGGCUCCCAGCUUGUCGUUGUUCCCUUCAACCAAGGCUCCAAGCAGGACUGCGAGGCUCUCAUUGAGUACAUCUACGACACCAAGAACGGCCUUGGCUGGGAUCUGGACUUCAUUGUCCCCUUCGCUGCCAUUCCCGAGAACGGUCGCCAGAUCGACACCAUUGACUCCCGCUCUGAGCUUGCUCACCGCAUCAUGUUGACCAACCUCCUCCGCAUCCUCGGUAGCGUCAAGACCCAGAAGUCUGAGCGUGGCUACGAGACUCGCCCCGCCCAGGUUGUCCUUCCUCUUUCCCCCAACCACGGUACCUUCGGUAACGAUGGUCUCUACUCCGAGUCUAAGCUUGCCCUGGAGACCCUGUUCAACAGAUGGCACUCCGAGGACUGGGGCCACUACCUCACCAUCUGCGGUGCCGUCAUCGGCUGGACCCGUGGUACUGGUCUCAUGAGCGCGAACAACGUCGUCGCUGAGGGUGUCGAAGCUUUCGGCGUCCGCACCUUCUCCCAGCAGGAGAUGGCCUUCAACCUGCUCGGCCUCAUGUCGCCUGCCAUUGUCGACCUUUGCCAGAGCGAGCCCGUCUUCGCUGACCUGAACGGCGGUCUUCAGUUCAUCCCUGACCUCAACCAGACCAUGUCUAAGCUCCGCAAGGACAUCAUGGACACCAGCGAGGUCCGCCGCGCCGUUACCAAGGAGAACUCUAUCGAGGACAAGGUCGUCAACGGCCCCAACUCCGAGGCUCUGUACAAGAAGAAGACUAUCGAGCCCCGUGCCAACAUCAAGUUCGACUUCCCCACCCUUCCCGACUGGGACGACGAGAUCGCCCCUCUCAACGACCGCCUCAAGGGUAUGGUCGACCUCGAGAAGGUUGUCGUCGUUACUGGUUUCGCUGAAGUCGGUCCUUGGGGUAACUCUCGCACCCGUUGGGAGAUGGAGGCUCACGGCGAGUUCUCUCUUGAGGGAUGCAUUGAGAUGGCCUGGAUCAUGGGCCUGAUCAAGAACCACAACGGCCCCAUCAAGGGCAAGCCUGCUCCUUACUCCGGCUGGGUUGACGCCAAGACUGGCGAGCCCGUCGACGACAAGGACAUCAAGCAGAAGUACGAGAAGUUCAUUCUGGAGCACUCUGGUAUCCGUCUGAUCGAGCCUGAGCUGUUCGGCGGCUACGACCCCAACCAGAAGGAGCUCCUCCACGAGGUUGUCAUCGAGGAGGACCUCGAGCCCUUCGAGGCCUCCAAGGAGACCGCCGAGGAGUUCAAGCGCCAGCACGGUGACAAGGUUGAGAUCUUUGAGAUCCCCGAGUCCGGCGAGUACACUGUUCGCAUGCGCAAGGGUGCCGCUCUCUGGAUCCCCAAGGCACUCCGCUUCGACAGACUCGUUGCCGGCCAGAUCCCCACUGGUUGGGACGCCAAGAGAUACGGUAUCCCCGAGGACAUUGUCUCUCAGGUCGAUCCCGUCACCCUCUUCGUCCUCGUCUCCGUUGCCGAGACUCUCCUGUCCGCCGGUAUCACCGACCCGUACGAGUUCUACAAGUACGUCCACGUCUCCGAGGUCGGUAACUGCAUCGGUUCCGGUAUGGGUGGUGCUGGCGCUCUCCGCGGCAUGCACAGAGACCGCUUCCUGGACAAGCCCGUCCAGAACGACAUUCUCCAGGAGUCUUUCAUCAACACCAUGGCCGCCUGGGUUAACAUGUUGUUGAUCUCUUCCUCCGGUCCCAUCAAGACCCCUGUCGGUGCUUGCGCCACUGCCGUCGAGUCCGUCGACAUUGGUUACGAGACCAUUAUGGAGGGUAAGGCUCGCGUCGUAUUCGUCGGUGGGUUCGAUGACUUCGGUGAGGAGGGCUCUUACGAGUUCGCCAACAUGAAGGCCACUAGCAACGCCGUCGACGAGCUUGCUCACGGCCGCACCCCGGCCGAGAUGUCUCGUCCCACCACCACCACCCGUAACGGCUUCAUGGAGUCCCAGGGUUGCGGUGUCCAGCUGCUCAUGACUGCCAAGCUUGCCCUUGACAUGGGCAUGCCUAUCCACGGUAUCCUGGCUCUGACUACCACCGCCACCGACAAGAUUGGCCGCUCCGUCCCUGCUCCUGGCCAGGGUGUCCUCACGACUGCCCGUGAGCACGCCGGCAAGUUCCCUUCGCCUCUGCUCGACAUUAACUACCGCCGCCGCCAGAUCACCCUUCGCAAGAAGCAGAUCAAGCAGUGGCAGGAGUCUGAGCUCGAGUACCUCUACGACGAGGUUGAGGCUAUGAAGGCCCAGGGCUCCGAGUUCAACGAGAAGGAGUACGCCCACAACCGUGCCGAGCACAUCAAGAAGGAGGCCGACCGUCAAGAGAAGGAGGUCCUCCGCAGCCUGGGCAACAACUUCUGGAAGAACAACCCCGAGAUCGCUCCUCUGCGCGGUGCCCUCGCCACCUGGGGUCUUACUAUCGACGACCUUGCCGUCGCUUCCUUCCACGGAACCUCGACCAAGGCCAACGACAAGAACGAGUCUUCAGUCAUCUGCCAGCAGCUCAAGCACCUUGGCCGCAAGAAGGGUAACGCCGUCAUGGGUAUCUUCCAGAAGUACCUCACCGGUCACCCCAAGGGUGCUGCUGGUGCAUGGAUGAUGAACGGCUGCUUGCAGGUUCUCAACACUGGCUUGGUCCCGGGUAACCGCAACGCCGACAACGUCGACCCCGUCAUGGAGCAGUUCGACAUGAUCGUUUACCCCAGCCACAGCAUUCAGACCGACGGUAUCAAGGCCUUCUCUGUCACCUCUUUCGGUUUCGGACAGAAGGGUGCCCAGGCUAUCGGUGUUCACCCCAAGUACCUCUUCGCUACCCUUGACGAGAAGACGUACGACGAGUACUCCGCCAAGGUCCAGGCCCGUCAGAAGAAGGCCUACCGCUUCUUCCACAACGGCCUCAUCAACAACACUCUGUUCGUCGCCAAGUCCAACGCCCCGUACACGGACGAGCAGCUCAGCAAGGUCUUGCUCAACCCCGACGCUCGCGUCACUGAGGACAAGAAGACCUCUACCAUCUCUUACCCCUCCAACUUCAUGAAGGCUUCUGAGAAGACCGUGUCACCCACGGCUUCCAAGGCCACUCAGGACAUGAUGGAGGCCCUGGCCAAGAAGGUGGCGUCCAAGAGCAGCAACGUCGGCGUUGACGUUGAGGACAUCACUGCCAUCAACAUCGAGAACGAGACGUUCAUCGAGCGCAACUUCACUGCGGGAGAGAUCCAGUACUGCCAAUCGGCACCCAGCCCCCAGAGCUCAUUCGCCGGCCGGUGGAGUGCGAAGGAGGCCGUCUUCAAGUCUCUUGGUGUCUCCAGCAAGGGUGCCGGUGCGCCGUUGAAGGACAUUGAGAUUGCGAAGGACGAGUCGGGUGCCCCGGUUGUCAAGCUUCACGGUGAUGCCGCUGCUGCCGCCAAGAAGGUCGGUAUGAAGGACAUUAGCGUCUCCAUUUCACACUCGGAGUCGCAAGCGAUUGCUGUCGCCGUCGCAAACUUUUAA